AUGAAAAGCCUUCCUACUUGGGAACUUAACAAUUUUUGUGUUGGUGCAGAUGGUCUUGGGCUGACUCCGGAGGAGGUCGUUAAGGAUCGGACCCAACCCGACCCGAUUGUUCUUCCUACUACUAUCCCAGUUCUUCCCCCUCCUAUCAUCAACGCGAAAAUUUGUCAAGCUGGCCCAGAGGAUGACACUGCCAUGUCGUCAAGGAAGAAGAAGAUAAAAUAG